AUGGCGGCGGUUCACCACAGCUGGACGGAGCAAGCCGAAGGUAACGAGAAGCCGCCGCGGUCGGUGACGUUGUUCACGGUGCCUCUGUUCCAUGUGUUCGGCCUCUUCAUGUUGUUAGGGGCGGUUUUGUUGGCGGAUACAGUGUUGUUUUUGGAGAUGUUUGAUUUCAAAGAAAUGCUAAGAGCAGUCGAGAAGUACAAGGUUACAGACAUGCCGGUGUCGCCGCCGCUUGUGGUGGCAUUUGUUAAAUCGGAUUUGACAAAGAAAUACGACUUAAGCUCGCUCGAAGGGCUUGGCUGCGGCGGCGCGCCGCUUGGGAAGGAUGUUUCUGAACGGUUCAAGGAGAAGUUCCCCAAAGUAUUAUUGGUUCAGGUAUGUUCUCUAUGUUUCAUUGUUCAAACCCCCAACCCCAAAUAUUAA